UUUUUUCGCCCCUCACAUCUUCCUCCCGCUCAUUCAGCAGGAGCACUCACCUUAAUCCGAGUGCCUCCCGUCGAUUCCGAAUGGCCGAGCCGAGAUUCACCGUCGGCUACGCUCUCCUGCCCAAGAAGCAGCGGACCUUCAUCCAGGACUCCCUCCUCGCUCUCGCCCGGUCCAGAGGCAUCGACCUCGUCGCCGUCGACCUCCGCCGCCCGCUCGUCGACCAGGGCCCCUUCGAUUGCGUCCUCCACAAGCUCCGCGGCGAGGACUGGAGCCGCCAGCUGCGCGAGUUCAGCUCCAGGCAUCCCGGCGCGGCGAUCGUGGACUCGCCGGAUGCGAUCGACAGGCUCCACGACCGGAUAUCGAUGCUCCAGGUAGUUUCCGGACUCGAAAUUGAGUGUCCCGAUGGGUCGUCGUUUGGAAUCCCUGAUCAGGUAGUGGUUUACGAUAGGGAGAGGUUGUUGAAUGAGCAAUCGUGCGAGGGUUUGGCCUUCCCGGUGAUCGCGAAACCUUUAGUCGCCGACGGGAGCGAGCAGUCGCACGAGAUGUCCCUGGUUUUCAAUCGGGGCGGCUUUAGCAAGCUCGAGCCCCCGAUCGUACUUCAGGAGUUUGUGAAUCACGGCGGUGUCGUGUUCAAGGUGUACGUGGUUGGCGAGUAUGUGCAGUGCGUGAAACGCAGGUCGUUGCCUGACCUUUCGGAGGAGAAGUUGGGGUCUCCGGAAGGGUUGGUGCCGUUCUCGCGGGUGUCGAAUUCGGUAAUCCCCGAGAAGGAUGGAGAUGAGUCUCGGGAGGCCACGGAAUUGGAGGAAGCAGAGAUGCCUCCCCAGAGUUUGAUAGCGGAACUUGCGAGGGGUUUGAGGAGGGCUAUGAAGCUGAGCUUGUUCAACUUUGAUGUGAUAAGGGAUGCUAGAUAUGGGGACAGAUUUUUGGUGAUUGAUAUCAACUAUUUUCCUGGAUACGCCAAAAUGCCAUGCUAUGAGACUGUUUUGACUGAUUUCCUGUGGGAUGUUGUUCACAAGAAUGAGAAGGAUGAGGUGAAGUAUGUGGAGGAUGAAACUUGCUCUUCGAAGGGCUGAUUCUAUGUAUAUCCUGCACAUGCUUGUGACGAGGAAGCCAUCAAAGUGUGCGCAAACUGCAAUGUCCGCGCAUUCCUCCUCCCUUUACGUUGUUAGACGAUUGCUGAGCGGUUCUGUUAUUUGCUUCAGCUGCUGUACAGUCUAAAAACAGAAUGACCAGAAGAUGUGGUAUUGGCAUCUCUGGGGGGCUCGUGGAAGGUGGAACUCAGAUAGUUAUGGGGAAAAUUCUUGCAUGGACAAUCAGUCG